UGCCUACUUGACUAACGGCGUCCGUUUCCUCCUCCCGUCCAUCAAACGAUGUUUGACAUUUGGAGGGCUACCGCUAACCGCACUGUUUAGUUAACCUAUUACUGCUCAUCCCUAACCAUGAAAUUUUAGUCUAAGUGACUAGCUGGCGCUUAUGCUGGCUUUAAUGGGUUUUCGAGAGGAAAGAUGAUCGCCUCACUUUCACGGGGAAGUUUGCUUGACGAGGUGCUGCACGGAGGCUUUAACGAGCAACAACUGACCACCUACAUCUCCUGGGUGAACGCUCAGCUCAAGAGAAAACCUGGACUGAAGCCGAUCACUGACCUCAGGAGGGAUCUGCAGGAUGGAGUGGUUCUCGUACAGCUCAUAGAGUUAGUUGCUGGGGAAGUGCUUGAGGAUGUUUCUGUGGCUCCUCAAAGCAAAGAAGAUAGCAGGAAGAAUGUGGAGCAAGUCCUGCAGUUCAUCGCCUCCAGACAUAUACGCAUGCCUCAUAUCUCAGCAAGAGACAUUGUUGAAGGUAACCUGAAAUCUGUGAUGAGGAUUAUUCUGGCUCUGGCUGCUCACUUCAAGCCCUCAGCCAAUCACAGGGUUGCUUCAGGAAAUGGGAGGGGCUCAACAGGCGCACCUUGCCACAACCCUCUGUCCACUGUGGCACUGGCGCAAGGUGCUGCUGCUACUCUAACAUCAGCCCGAUAUGACGCCUCACUGCCUGCAAGUGCGUCACGCAUGCACAGUGGCUGGAGGUCAGAUUUGGACAAAAGUGUGUGUGUUCGUGCACUGGUGAAGCAGUACGAGAGAGGAACCCCGGACGAGCAGGACAAUGCACAGACCAACAGUCUCAGCUCAGUGAGUCCUUUACCAUCUCCCAGAGCUCCACCCAGCACCCAAGCAGACCACCAGCAAGAAGAGCACACGCUAUCAGAGGACCAGGUCGAGUCUUCUCUUACCGAAGCGGAGACGACCUGGGAGUAUUCCAUCAGUGAAACUCUGAAGAGGGAGGUUGAGGAUACUCGUAAAAUGGUGUCGGCUUUGCAGGCCCUCCUGCUGCAAGGCUCUCUGCCGGAGGACGAGCAAGAUCAGUCUUUAAAUAUAAAUUUGGAUGACGGUCAUCCCGAACAACAGCUGGUAGUCAUCCGCAGCCGUUUGGAUCAGAGUAUGGAGGAGUCUCGAGAGCUGAAGAGGGAGCUGUUGUGCUGUAAGCAAGAGAUGAGACACCUCCAAGGAAUCAAGGAGGCCCAGCAGCAGCGCCUGUGCACUCAGGAGGCAGCCAUACUUCAACUGAAGCAAGAGCUGCUUCGGGCCAGCCUGGCUAAGGAUGAACUGAACAAUCACAAGACCGAGCUGCAGUGGAAGCUGGAGGAAUGUAACCGCCUGUGGAAUGACUGCAAGAAGGAAGUUGGGCAGAAGGACCGACUUCUGCAACAGCUCAAACAAAAGCUUGAAGAAAGCCAAAAGGAGCAGAGUGAGUUACAAAAGGAGCUCGACCACAAAAACAGCAUUAGGCAAGAAGUAAUGAAUAGAGAUCUACAACAGAUUUCCCCAUGCACUGGAAACAAUGGCUAUUGCCACUCUGGAAAUCCUGCUUCCUCCAUAUCAAGUGCGGACGAGGUUCAGCUACUCAGAGAUGCACUCCGAAGUCUGAGGAACGACUUCAGAGCCCACGACCCACAGCACCACACACUGGACACCCUGGAGCAAGGCAUCGUGUCACUCAUCGACAGACUGCAUGCUCUACAUACACACAGGGCUAGAGGGAAGUCUCCCCGACGCAAAGGACAGAACAGUGAUUGUGACUCUUGGCCAAAGGUUUGUCAGUCCAACAGCACCUCCAAACCCUCCACUAAGAUACUGUACUUCACCGGAAGAUCCCCAACACCUUCGAUGAUCAACAUACCCAAAAGGUUGGGUGAGGUGACUCUCAAGGAUGUGAAGGCAGCUGUGGAUCAAGAGGGGAACUACAGGUACCACUUUAAGGCUUUGGACCCGGAAUUUGGUACUGUGAAAGAGGAGGUUUUCCUAGAUGGUGCCAUCGUUCCUGGCUGGGAAGGUAAAAUUGUAGCCUGGGUGGAGGAAGACCAUGGUCAAGACAGACCUUCAUAGGUGUACAAAGCCACGAAACUGGAAGCUUGAAGACAAUUUGAGAUUCGACUUUUUACACUUUGUACAAGACAGUCAGAAAUGUGGAUUUUUAUGCUGGACUCGCUGUAGUGUCAAUGUUUGUCAUAUCGUAGAACUCAGUGCCUUGCAACCAUGUCCUUGAUAUUGCCAGACCUUCACUACAGUGUCAGAAAUCUAACAUUUGACAAUGUCCACCUCCUGUUACUGGUAUUAGAAGUGUUUGGAAUAUCCUUUCAUUCAUUCAUUUUUCAGCACUGUAGUCUUUAAAACAACUGUAUCAGUUUGAAUGCAUUUGAUCCUUUAGCCUGCAACAGAUGUAAUUUUAAGUUGUCAGUAUUACCCACCACAGGAGUUAAUAGGACAUGAUUUUAAAAGUGGCCUGAUGUUAAUAUUGUUGUUUUCCCCCCUCAAAUGACUCAACUGCCUUGCAUGUUAACUUUCUGGACAUGCUUCUGUGAAUAGUUGUCAAAUUUAUUUGCCUUAGAAAUGCUGAUGAAUGGCACUGUUAACCUACUGUUUACUGUUUCGUUGGAAAAAAACGUCAUGUUUGUAUUUUUAAUGAUGCUCUGCUAUGAGUUUGACUUCUAGGACCUAAAUAAGGAACUGUACCUUUAUUUAUUGUGUGUGAGUGUUUUUGUGUGUGUGUUCCGCUUCCAUGUUGAUGAAAUUAUGUCAGACCCUGUUCACUUGCACUCAUGCUUAAAUACUGUUUCCUUUUCUAACAAGCCAAUUAGAUUAUGCGUCAAACUAAAUGCCAUAACGGUCUGCAAAAUGUACAGUUUUAAUUUUUUUUUUAUUCUGCAUCUAAAGAUUUACAAACAAGUGACUUGUCUUUUGUUGAACGAUGUGCAAAAUAAAACUGGCAGAUGAAAAAUA